AUGCAAUAUAUGAGAUCAAUAAUUGUUUUUUUGGUUCUUGUUAUUAUUAGUCUGUUGUUUGUUGACAAAUGUCAAUCUACUCCGUUGGAUGAUUAUGUCAAAGCAGCUGAUCCACAUUUUAGUUGGACUGUAAUUCAAUCAUAUCAACAACCUGAUUAUGUUUUAUAUAUUCUAAAUUUUACAUCACAAAAAUGGUUCGAUGAAACAUUUUCUGAUCGUCCAAUUUGGUGGCAUUAUUUGUGUGUUAGUGUUCCACAUAAACUUACAAGACCAAAUACAGCUUUUAUGCUUAUUGAUGGUGGUAGUAGUAAAGAUGGAUUUCCACAACCACAAGAUAAUUUUGUUAGUUUAACAUCUAUGUUUGCUGUAAGUAGUGGAAGUAUUGGUGUUGAUCUUCAAGAUAUUCCAAAUGAACCAAUACGUUUUGUGGCUGAUCCAACAAAUAGAAGUCGUGGUGAAGAUGCUAUUAUUGCAUGGACAUGGAAAACAUUUAUUGAAAAUCCAGAUAAUCCUUAUGUACUUCUUCGUAUGCCAAUGACUAAAGCUUCAGUUCGUGCUAUGGAUGCUGUACAACAAUUUGCAAAACAAUUAGGAGUGGCUGUACCUCAAAAAUUUGUUAUUGCAGGUGCUUCAAAACGUGGAUGGACAACUUGGACAACGGCUGCUGUUGAUAAUGAACGUGUUGUUGGUGCUGUACCAAUUGUUAUGGAUAUGUUAAAUAUUCAUCAAAAUUUUCAUCAUCACUAUCGAUCUUUAGCUGGUUGGACAUUUGCAUUUAAAGAUUAUUAUGUUUUAAAUAUUACUCGAAAUACUGAUCAUCCAAAUUUACUUAAAAUGGGACAAAUCAUUGAUCCUUACAGCUAUUUUGAUCGAUAUAGAAAUAUGAAAUUAUUACAAAUUCAAUCGAGUGGUGAUGAAUUUUUCUUACCAGAUAAUGAGGAUGCAUUUUGGAGUGAUUUACAAAUUGCUACUGGUGGUUCAUAUUUAAGACGAUUACCAAAUGCAGAGCAUUCUUGUGCUGGCCAUGAAAUAAGUCUUUUUCUUACCAUGCGAAGUUUUUAUUUAAGUAUUUAUGAUAAUCGACCAUUACCUUCGUUUAAAUGGAUUAAAACAUCAAACAAUACUCAUGGUUACAUUCGUGCAACAGUUGAUUUUAGUGUUGGCCCAAAACCGAUGAGUGCUUAUGGUUAUCACGCUCGUACACUUAAUGAUAAAAGACGUGACUUUCGGCUUCUAAUCGCCGAUCCGAAUAGACCCGGCAAAGGAAUGAUUAAUCCAGUCAUUUGGCUUAAUACUGGUGUUGUAACAGAAGUACAAACUCCAACAACUAUUAUUUAUUCUUUAACUAUUCAAAAUCCAAUGAAUGGUUGGGAAGGAUUUUAUAUUCAAGUUAAUUUUCCUGGUCCAGAUGGCACAGUUCUUGAACUUACAACAGAAACUCAAAUCAUUCCUGAUUCGUAUCCAACAAAUGAUUGCUAUGGUGAUAGUUGUUAUGGUACACUUGUUUGA